AUGGCCCCCUCAAAAGAAGAACUGGAAAGACGGCGGAUAGUCGGCGUCGAAUUGGAACGAGUCUCGAAUGUGACAUCCACCGACUUCCCCGGUCACUACCCUGGUGAAGACCAUUCAUGGAAUCUGGACGACUUCAAAAAAAAUUCCAAAAUCGACAUCCACAAGGCGAAUGAUCUCGAUUACGAAUUCGACCUCAUCGGCGUCGAUGCUUCUGUCGCCAAUGCCUUCCGAAGAAUACUUAUAUCCGAAGUACCGACUUUAGCCAUUGAAACAGUUUUCGUUCACAACAAUACAUCCAUAGUACAGGAUGAAGUUCUGGCACAAAGACUGGGUCUCGUACCGUUAAGAGGCGACAAAAAAGGCUUCCAGCAGCUGAGAUGGCGAAAGAAAUCUCCGGACGAACCUGCAGCUGAGGCCACUGACUUCAACACUGUCGUCAUGACCCUCAAAGUCGCUUGCACCCGUAAUCACGCUACCCCCAAUACCGAAACCGAUCCUUCCAAACUUUACUUCAAUUCCUCAGUCUAUGCCCGUGACAUCAAAUUCGCCCCUCAAGGUCGACAAUCCUCAUGGUUCUCUGGUGCUGGCGAGAUCCGACCUGUGAACCCAGAUAUUCUACUAGCAAAGCUACGACCAGGCCAGGAAAUUGACCUCGAAAUCCAUUGUGUAUUGGGAAUUGGACAGGAUCACGCCAAGUUCAGUCCUGUAGCUACAGCUUCAUAUCGAUUGUUGCCGUCUAUAAAGAUCAAAAAGCCGAUAACCGGAGAAGACGCAGAGAAGUUUGUCAACUGCUUCCCGAAGGGUGUGGCGGAGGUCCAGAAGGACAAGAAGACAGGAGAAAACACAGCGGUCGUGGUAAAUCCAAGGAAAGACACAGUUAGCAGAGAGGUCCUCAGACAUGAUGAAUUCAAGGGUAAAGUCGAACUUGGAAGAAUCAGAGACCACUUUAUCUUCUCAAUCGAGUCGACGGGGAUGUACAACUCUGACGAAUUGUUUCUCCAAGCAGUCCAGAUCCUGAAAAAGAAGUGCACAGACUUCCAGGAGAAGCUGAUGGAGUCCUAG